AAGUCCCAUCAGUAUUCAACGUUUGAUUUCAGUUUACAAUAUCGGAUGUUAAAGUCAACAAGUGUCUGCUUCGGGUGUUAAGCGGUUUCAUAUGAAAUGCAAUUAAAUCAUUUGGAAUAUGUACGAAUUUUAAAUAAUUGAAAGUGUUAAUGUCAUUGUUUCAAUAUAACAAAAUAGCAAAAAAAAAAUUGAAUAAAUAAAUCCUGGAUGUUAAAAGUUUCGAAACGAAUAGCUAGCAAAAAACCAAGUGUCAAUUGCAAUUUUAUUUUUUUUCUACAAAAAAAAAUAUAAAAAAAAGAAACAAGAGAAAUAUUUGUGAAAAAAAUUCAGCGAGAAAUAAUUUGAAGAGUUUUAAUUUUUAAGAUGACUUCAAACGAACAAACUUCACCACCAAUUAGUGAUGACCAAUCUGAAUCUGUUCGAAAAACCUCCACCAUCCUACCACCUACAGAUGUAAAGAGAAAAGUUUCAAUUCUAACUGAUCAGCAUUCACCAGAGAAAGGCGGCAGCUACUAUGACAAUUUAGCAUUUGAGGGUAGAAAGAUUUCCCAGCAAUCUGAUCAUUCGGAAGACGGGACAAGGAAGAAAAGUAUAUUGCACAAUCCGCUUACACCUGAACAACAACGGCUAGCACUUCAGCAAGUAGUUCCAUCGGAUACUAUUGUCACCCAACCCACACAUGCAACACUUCCUAACUUGAACGCUGUUAACGAUAAAUUAAAUGGCGGUGACACUCACCAUCGUGGUAAGAGACAUUCGACUACUUCAUCCCUUUACUCCAGACACUCCCGUAAAUCUAGCAGAGAUGAAAAGCUAAAGCCGAGUAUGGAAGGGUCUUGGAUUUAUUCGUUAUGUCUGCGGUGCCGAGCGCAAUAUAAUACAAAAUCCUGGCAACCGAAAUAUUGGGAAAAAGUGUGUCCAUAUCCACUUUGUCCAUCGUACCGCCAAUUUGCUCGGCUGCUCAGCAUUAUUCUCAUUGGAGUUUUGAUCUGGGCAACGACAUAUGCAAUUCUUGGAGAUAUGGCAGCGCCCGGUGGAGAAUUGUUCAGUUUAGUGACAUUAACAGUUGCUGCCAACUUCGGUGGAUGGUUAGUUGGAUUAACGACUUUACCAAGACUGAUUGGAAUGCUUUUUACUGGAAUUCUAAUGCAAAAUAUUGGAGCUGUUAACAUUGAAGGUGAACAGAUUGAACAUGUCACUGAUCAUCUUCGUGAAUUCGCUUUGACAAUCAUUCUUACUCGUGCUGGAUUGGAAAUGGAUCCUGAAGCAUUCAAGAAGAUUUGGUUCACUAUAAUUAAACUUGCUCUUGUUCCAUGGGUAGCUGAAGCUGGCAUCAUCACAGUUCUCUCACAUUAUCUGUUAGAUUUACCAUGGAUGUGGGGUUUACUUUUAGGAUCAAUUAUUGCUGCAGUGUCACCUGCUGUCGUUGUGCCUUGUCUAUUUAGACUUCGAACAAAAGGUUACGGUGUUGCAAAAGGCAUUCCAACAUUAAUCAUUUCAAUUGCUGGCAUUGACGAUGCAGCGUCCGUCGCUAUAUUUGGAAUUGUAAGCAGUUUGAUGUUUUCAACUGACGCAAGUUUAGCAUUCCAAAUAUCUCAAGCUCCUGUUUGUAUAUUUGGUGGUCUUGCUUUUGGUGUCUUCUGGGGAUACCUUUCGAGAAUUGUCCCCGAGCGUGGUGAUGCUUACGUUGUCCCACUCAGAGUUUUAUUACUUUUUACUGGUGGCUUGCUAGCAAUUUAUGGCUCAGAAUUAAUACAUUACAAAGGCGCUGGUCCGCUUGCUGUUGUUUUCGCGGCAUUUGUCAGUAAUUAUUUCUGGUGUAAGCAAGGAUGGGACCUCGAAGACAAUCCCGUUGCUACAGCUUUUGAAAUCUUUUGGAUGAUAUUUGAGCCUAUUUUGUUCGGCAUCACUGGAGCUGCUGUUAAGUUCAAUGAAUUGGAUUCAAAUGUUGUAAUCUAUGGACUUGCAUCCCUUCUUGCCAGCGGUCUUCUAAGAGCUCUUUUAACCAUUGGAAUUGCAAUUGGGGACAAACUCAACAUGAAAGAGAAGGUGUUUGUUUCAAUAGCAGUAAGUGCAAAGGCAACUGUACAAGCAGCUCUUGGUCCAAUAGCUUUGACGAUGUUGGCAGUUGAUUCUCCCGACCGACAUUAUGCGGAAAUUGUAUUGAUGGUGUGCAUAUUAAGUAUUGUAUUAACUGCCCCAUUGGGAGCCAUCCUCAUUUCACUUACGGGCACAAAGCUACUCUCGAAGACAACGCAACCACAAAAUGUCGAAGGUUGGCGUCGCUCACAUCGCCCAUCAAUUCGUGAUAUUUCCAUUAUUGAUGAAGAUGAAGAGAAAGACUUGGAAGCUGAUCCUGAAUUAAGUCCCGAUAAGAACACUCGCAACAAUACAAUGCAAAAUGCUCACUCUUCAAAUAAUAUGCAGCAGUUACCUGCUUUUACAAUAACUAAGUUCUGAUUUUUCUCUAGGGAGAAAUCUUAGAAAAGCACAUAGAAAUGUAAGAAAGAAAAAAGAAAGCACGUUGACAGUCAACAAGCGAUUCUAUAUGUCAUAACCAUACACCUAAGCACUCAUCAGAAUGUUCAACAGUCACCAGAUAAAAGCUUGAAUUUUGUUUUUUGUUUUAUUUUGUUUUUGCUUUAACGCCUUUUAUGAUAUUUAUGAGCUUUUAAACAACAGUCAUCAUCGGUACAAAUGACUUUGAAAUGGGACGAGAGAAAAAAAAAAGAUUUGUGACGUGAAGCAUUUAUUUAUUGGAAAAAUAUAACGUGAAACGCAUCACAACGAAAGAUCGUAAAAAUUUAUGUUUUAUUGCCUGUAACAACAAUAUUCCGACAUGUUGAUUGUUCUUCGCUAACGCCAGACUUUAACCCCCGUUAACAUCUGGGAAGAAAUAUUUUUUUGUUGAUAUGUAUAAGGAAGUAUUAAAUUGAAAUUAAUGUGUUGAUUUGAGCGGGUGGUUGAAGGCUAAAUUAGAUUUUUGAAGCUGUAAAAUACCACAAUAAUCCUUAAUUCAUCUGCUGUUUAUGGCUGUUUACUCUUCUUAAAUUCAGCUCUUUAAGAAGAUUAACGUCGUGAAGUUUAAAUUUAUUAGAUUGUACAUGGAAGGCUUCACAUUCUUAAACAGCCGUCAUAAAGUCACAUAUUUUGAAGCAGUUAACAAUUUUAUGCAUAUCAACUUUGUUAUAAAUACGCAACGUUAACAUCUAAUAAAGACCACAAGCAAUAUUUUCUUUAAGACUUUAUAAUUAAAUCAAAUAUGAAUAAAAUUCCGGAACACAUUAUAUAAGGAAAUUUUCUCGAGGAUGGAAAAGCAUUUUUUUAAAGAGAAAAUUAAUGUUUUCUGCUUUAGAAAACGUAAACAUAAUUGUGUACAAUUUUAAAGAAAUAUCAUAAUGAGAUGUUGUUAAAAUGAAAAUUAAUGAUAAUAAUGAAGCUAUAUUCAAAUUUAGCACUAAGUUUCCUUUCCUCCCUUUCCAUCCACAAUUCUCAUGUUCGCUUAGAAACAAAAUUUUGUUGCCACACGAUGAACAAUGACUUUAAGAAUCAUUUUCUAAAGCAACAAUUCUUAAUUUCUUUUUUUAUGUUUUUGUUGUUGUCUGCGGUAUGCUGAAGCAUCGUGUGUAAUUAAAAUGUGUAAUUAUAUGGUUUAAACAUGAAACUGUGGUAUGUAUGUGAAUUCAAGUCAAAGUGUAGCAACAACACUGAGGAUAUUUUUUGUUAUUAAAGUUACGUCUCAUUCCUUUUUUGACGCUACAUAAUAGCAUCCACACCAUGUACAGUGACUAUCGUCGUCGACAUAAUGAAUAACCUUAAUUUAAGUCUGAAAAUAACCAAGAAAAGCUUUUUAUUCCUCCAGUAUUAUAAUAAAAUUGCCAUGAAUCGUAAGAAACAUAAUGAAAGAAGAAAGAAAACAAAAAUCAUUAAAAGAAUAUAAGAAUUUAAUUUAAAAUUAAUUUUUAAUGUUUAAGGAUGCCUCAGUUAAAUAUUUGAGCUUCAGCAAUGGCCGCCAAUAUUGGUCAGUACAGAAAAAAUUAAAGGAACGAAAGUUUUAAGAAUGAUCAUUAAUGCUGUUAAAAUGGCUCUUUUAUAAGUAUCCGCUUUUCAAUUUUUAAGAGAAAUUGUUUCAGAUUGCCGGGAGCCAUUAACAUAAUCAUAUUGUCUUCCGUUGUAAACUUUCCACCCUCGCAAUGAUUUCUACUUUUUCGUUUAAUGAAUUUCCUUUUUUUUCGCUUCCGUAACGUACAAAGAUCCAGUGCAAAGGCGAGAGUGUGAGAUAAGUCGCGAAACAUAAUUUUUGCAUAUAGUAAGUGAACUACACUGCUUAACGUCCAUUCAAAAAAAUAUUUGUAAGAGAACGAAAACGAGAAUUGUUUGAAAUAAAAAUUAUACUUAUAAAACCAAA